UGCUAGGUGUGAAUGAACUGAUGCUUUCUCACAAUUAAGCUGCUCCUCAGUUUACAGGUCGACCACAACAAAGCAACAACUCGUCCUUGUUUGCUCCUUCCCGGACAUUCAGAGCUACAACAUGGCUCUUUGAACUCGUUAAGUGUGUGGACCCCGGACAGAAGUCGUGCUUUGCUUUAGCAACGCACCUCCAAGAGCUCUACAAAUUUCUCUGCAAUAAUGGAGUUUCAUUAUGCUCACCCAGCCCUGCUCUCUGUGGCCCAUCUGUCAGACCCUGCUUGCUCUCAGCAUAUGCUUGGACUUGGACUGAAUCAAAGCACCAGCAGACAAAAUGAUGGCAACAUCAGCUCCUGUUUGGAAGAGUCUUCGUGUCUGCCCGGCAGACCCCCUCGCUCUCUCUCACCCACAGGCUAACCACAGCCAAUCACAGGGGUGCAGGGGGGAGGUGUCAGAGGAGAGUCAGCACUUAAUUGGUGAUGGUCUCACUGACUGGAUGACGGAAGAAGUGGAUUUCUCCUCGUACCUCCCAAACCCUCCUUCCCCUCCCUCCUCUACCAAUGCCUCCCUUCCCCCGUCACCCCUUCACAAUGAUAUCCAGGUGCCCUCUGACUUGGAGGUCAUGACCUCUCUGCUGCAAGAGGAACUCGCCCAACUGGAGGACUACUUCCUGUCCGAACCACUGCCGGAGAAAGGGCCGAGGCUGGGAAAAUGCGACAGGGGUCCACUCCCGACGGGUCCCCAGCCGUUUACUCAGCUGCCAUACGCAUCAUACUCAACAACCAGCCAAUCGGAAUCCAGCCCACUCCUUGUUACCCUGGCAACCGGGGAACUGGACCUGCUGAGCAUCUGUGGUGGGUCCAUUGGGCGAUCCAAAAUUCCUAGACACGCCCCGUACAGCUGCAGUCGCCCCAGUGGGUGUGGUAGGAAAAGAGUUUCGGACAGUGUGAGGUUCAGUGAAGGCUAUGAUAACAGUUUGUUGAGUUCCAAAGGAAAUAACUCAGGUAACUCAGCGGUGACCCUCACAGGUAGCUACAGCUGUGUAGAGGACGAACAGCUGGUAGGGAAGAGCUACUGUCUGGGUAGUGCAGUCGAAGUCAGACGAUGUGCUGUUCUACCAAAAGAAGAGAAAAACUGCUGUUUCAGUCAGGAUGUCAUUGGUGGUGCAAAGGUUGUUGGAGGUGGUUUUGGCUUUGGUGGAUCACUUGAUGUCCAACAUAAGAAAGAGGAUCUGCUUAUGUACAGCAUGAGGGAGGUCAGCGGAGGCACUGCCAACAACGAGGUGCUAAAUAGCAUCAAAGCUAGCGUGGAGGUGACAAAAGCUAGCGUUUCUUGGAAGUCAGAGAGUAGUGAAGGUUGUUACAUUCCAGCCACAGCACAGUCUGAGGCCUAUCACAGCUUCUUAGGGAACAUCAAUGAACAGGUGAAGUCAGAGAGUCUGCAGAUAGCACAGCAUGAUUUGCACUGUAACUUCCUGGAAGAUCAGGGUCCUGAGUGUCUUCUAAUGGCAAGGGAGAGUCUGAACCUGGAGACAUCAGGGCACAGGCAGGCAUGCAGGCUGAAGGAAGACCACUGUGCCAUGAAAUAUGAAGUGGACAUCGUCCCAGCUGAAGGUGGCGAGCGCAAACAGAAGAAGAGAGAUCAGAACAAAACUGCUGCUCAUAGGUAUCGCCAGCGAAAAAGGGCGGAGCUUGAUUCGUUGGAGGAACAGUUGCAUUGCCUUGAAGGGAGGAACCGGGAGCUCCGGGAUAAGGCAGAGUCGGUAGAACGUGAAAUCCAAUAUGUCAAAGACCUGCUGAUUGAAGUUUACAAGGCUCGCAGCCAAAGGCUCAAGCAGGAUUCAACAGCGUAACACCAAACUCCUGCAAGUACAUUCACAGCAGGCGAAAACAGGGAAAACGUUUCUGUCUUUAUGAUUGUCCAGAAGUGAAUGUUUCAUUGUUUUUUUUUUUUUAUUUCAAGUUGGAUAAAUGCAUGCUUGGCUAAUGUGAAUUUUUUUUUUACAUUUAAAUCAACACUAUCCAAUGCUUCCAUUGCUUCCACAACUCUAAUCACUUAAGCCUGCACUGUGGCAUUGCAAUGCUUUAAAUGACAAUCAUUUUCAAUACGACUCGCACUGCGUGAAUCUAAUAUAAACAGAGUCGUCUCUGAUGAAGAAAUGAUAUUUACAAUGCUGGUUUGAUAUUUUUAAUAGCCUUAUGUUGGGAUUGAUGUCAGCAAUAGAAGUUAAGUUAUUCAAUUUUAGUUUAUUUUUUAAGUAAUUGUAUCAUCCUGUUCAAUAGCUUAAAAAUCAAGGUUGUUGUUUGUUUAACAUCUAAAGCGGCAUUUCUUUUUUUUCAAUUACAUUUUCAAACCAAACAUUUCAGAUGAAGACAGACCCCCAUAACAAAUGUUAAUUCAACUGCCAAGAAUAUAUUUCACAAUAUUAGAAUCAUAGUUGAUAUGUGUUGACUUUUACAGUCUGCAAGAGUUGCUGCAAAUUGAGUCGCAAAGUGUAGCAUUUUAUCAUUAACAACACAAACUUCAGGACUUUUUUAUUUUUUAAUAUUUUUAUCAAUUUACUUCACUUUGUCAGAAACUUCCUUUUCUGCAUUAGUUUCAUAUUCCCUGAUAUUGUCAUUACAUUAAUACAACAAAUAACAUGUUUACGUCCAGAAGUGAUUGAAAUUAUUUUUCAAAUUAGUCAAUCUGUGACCAAAAUACAUUUUAUUAUUUGCACUGUCUUGAAGUCAGACACUGACUAUUUAAUUUUUGUGCCAGUCUACUUAUUUUUUAAUAUUGCAUAUUGCAAAUUUCAAAAUGUACUUUGCAGCUCAGGAUGUGCAAUGUGUCCUCCAGUGCAACAAAUUGAAGUGAAAGAGUAAUGGCAGGAGACUACAGACCUAUGCUCUUUAUUUCACAGUGGAAAGAUUUCACUGCUGUGGGGUUUUCCUGAUGUAAAAAUUAUUUUCUUCUGUACAAAUAUUGUAACUAUAGUGGAGAUUUAGCAGCUUCUCUCUGCAUGUUUUACUCUCUCUUUGAAUAGAAAAUGUAGAAUUUCAGAACAAGUCGGGGACUCUUUCUCUAAACUGCUUGUUAAGGCAAUAAGUUUUUCUAGGCCUCAGGCUGAUCUGCACUAAUUUGUAACAACUUUUGUAUGUUCAGGGAGUGGAGUGUGUUAGCCUUUUCUUUGUAGGAACUAAAAAAAUCUCAUUAGAUUAUUUGUAAAGGCUUUUGCAGUGUUAGCUUUGGUGUAAGAGGAUAAUGUUGGAUUUAUUUCCAGUUGAUUUUUUUUUUUGCUAAGCAAACAACCACUACUGUUACUGUUCCACAUGCCUAUACCAAGGGUAGAUUUAUUUCUAUGCAUAUUUAUUUUAAGACAAUCUCGGAGAAAAAGCGUCGACUCACUCAUAUUUAAUUCUGUUUAGUUUUUGAAGAGAAAUUCAUGUCACAUUGUUUCACCUCUUUGCGGUGUACUAUCAGCUCCGAUUGUGAAAAACCAAAAAUGUGAAAUGAAAGCACAUAAUAGGAAACUCUUUAUUUAUUUUCAUUUGACCGCAAAUGCACAUUUCAUUUUUGUGACGUCAACUUUGUUCCCAUUGAAAAUAAAAGUGUCGUAACGCAGGCUGUUGUGCUGUCUUUCAUUCAAGCAUUUUUUCCUGAAAAUGCGCCACGUAAAGCUAUUUUAUUUCCCCACAUGGUGUUAAAAUAUGAAGCUUCUCAUUUCUAGCCCUGUUAUACAAUAGGCCUUCACGUCUGUUUGACAGAGUAAAGUAAGAAACCCC